AUGAAGAUGCUAACCAAAUUCGAGUCCAAGUCCUCUAGGGCUAAGGGCGUGGCAUUCCACCCCAAAAGACCUUGGGUUUUGGUCUCCCUCCACUCGUCUACUAUCCAAUUAUGGGAUUACCGUAUGGGUACCUUGAUUGACCGGUUUGAAGAACAUACUGGACCAGUCAGAUGUGUUGAUUUCCAUCCUACCCAGCCAUUGUUUGUUUCGGGAGGUGACGACUAUCUGAUCAAGGUGUGGUCCUUAAAAGACAGACUGUGUAUCUUCACUCUCCAAGGACACUUGGACUACAUUAGAACUGUGUCUUUCCACAACGAAUUGCCAUGGAUCAUCUCGUGUUCCGACGAUCAAACCAUCAGAAUCUGGAACUGGCAGAAUCAGCAGGAGAUCGCCUGCUUGACUGGCCACAACCACUAUGUGAUGUCUGCGCAAUUCCACCCUACCGAUGAUUUGAUUGUUUCUGCUUCGUUGGAUCAAACUGUCAGGGUGUGGGACAUCUCUGGUUUGAGAAAGAAGCACUCUGCCCCAACCUCCGCUGCUAGAUCAUUCGAAGACCAAUUACAGAGACAGCAAUUGCCUCAACAAGACAUUUUUGGUAACGUUAAUGCUAUUGUCAAGUACGUCUUGGAAGGCCACGACAAGGGGGUCAACUGGGCCACCUUCCACCCUACCUUGCCAUUGAUCGUCUCUGCUGGUGACGACAGAUUGGUCAAGUUGUGGAGAAUGAGUGAUACCAAGGCCUGGGAAGUGGAUACUUGCAGAGGCCACACCGGUAACGUGUUGAGUGCUGUUUUCCAUCCUCAACAAGACUUGAUUCUCUCAGUUUCUGAUGACAAGACCAUCAGGGUCUGGGACCUCAACAAGCGUGUUCCUAUUAAGCAGUUUAGAAGAGAACACGAUCGUUUCUGGUUAAUCACCCCUCAUCCUACCAUGAACUUGUUUGCUACUUGUCAUGACUCCGGUGUUAUGGUAUUCAAGUUAGAGAGAGAACGUCCUGCCCACGCGUUGUUCCAAAACAACUUGUUCUACGUCAACUCCGCAAAACAACUCCAAUCUUACGAUUUCCAAAAACAGGAAAGCUCGUUGCCUAUGUUGAGUUUGAAAAAGAUCGGUAAGACUUGGUCCUUCAUGAGAACCCUUUCCUAUAAUCAAGCCGAUCACUCGAUUUUAGUCACCCAUGGUGAAGGUGACAACGGUGGAUACGCAUUAAUUUCCUUGCCUAAACACGUUACUGGUGCCAUCGAACCUACUGACAUCAGACAGGGUGAAGGCAGAUUUGCUUGCUUCAUUUCCAGAAACAGAUUUGUCACUUUCAUCAAGUCCACUAAGACCUUGUAUGUCAAGGAUUUAUCCAAUAACAUUACCAAAACUGUCCAGCUUGAUUCUUCCGUCAACGAUGUCUUAUACGGUGGUGCAGGUAGAGUACUUCUUGUGAAGAGUCAUUCCGUCAUCAACUACGAUGUCCAACAAAGAAAGGAAUUGUCUGAAUUGAGUGUGAACAACGCAAAAUACGUGUCGGCUUCAUUGGAUGGUCAAUAUUUGGCUUUCUUGUCCAAGCACACCAUUACCAUUGCUGAUAAGGACUUGAACCUUAUCACCUCAAUGCAUGAAACCAUUAGAAUCAAGAGUGCUGCAUGGGACGACUCUGGUGUAUUAUUGUACUCCACAUUGAACCACAUCAAAUAUACCCUUUUGAACGGUGAUAAUGGAAUCAUCAAGACCUUACAAAACACCUUAUACAUCACCAAGAUCACCAAUAACCAGGUCUACUGUUUGAAUAGGGCAGGUCAGGUUGAGGUCGUCCAGAUUGACCCAACUGAAUUCAGAUUCAAGAAGUCUUUGGUGAACAAGAAUUUCGGUGAAGUGUUGAGAAUCAUUAAGAAUUCCAAUUUGGUUGGUCAAAACAUUAUUGGUUAUUUACAAAAGAAGGGCUAUCCAGAAAUUGCUUUGCAAUUCGUUCAAGACCCAGAAACCAGAUUCGAAUUGGCCUUGGAAUGUAGCAACUUAGUCGUCGCUCUUGAACAAGCCAAGAUCUUAAACAACCCUAAGAUUUGGGAAAAGUUGGGCGAAGAAGCCUUGAACCAAGGUAACCUUGAUAUCGUUGAAUUUGUCUACCAACAAUUACACCACUUCGACAAAUUAUCCUUCCUUUACUUGCUUAGAGGUGAUUCGGAUAGAUUAGCCAAGAUGUCUGCCAUUGCCGAACAUCGUGGUGAUUUCUCCAGUUUGCUUCAAAACACUCUUUACAACAACGACAUCGAGAAGAGAGUCAAGGUGUAUAUUCAAGCUGGAUUGUUACCUUUAGCCUACACUUUGGCCAAGUCCAACGGUUUGGAUGAGUUAGCAGAUGAAAUCUUGAAAGAAUCCGGUGUUGAUAAGAAAGAUGUUAGCUUGCCACAGUUAGGUCAACUGCUUUCAUUACCAAGCUCCUUGAAUGCUCCAAUUGAUAACUGGCCAUUGAAGGAAUCUUCAUUGUCUUACUUUGAAAAUGCUCUUAAGUCGGGUAAUCUCGAAGGUUUGAGCAUCGAAGAUAAGCCAGAAGUUAAAGCACAAGACACACUUGCCAUCGACUUUGAAGACGCCGAAGACGUUGGAGAGUUUGGCGAAGAAGACGAAGCUGAUGGAGGUGCUUGGGACUUGGAUGACGAAUUGGACAUUGAUGACGACAUUCCAGAUGAUGUUGAAGGUCCUACAUUGAUCACCAAUGAAGGUGAAAUAGGCAUCUGGUUAAGUAAUGCUAAGACUCCUGCUAGUUAUGUUGCUGCAGGGUCUGUUGAGCAAGCUGCUUCCUUAUUGAACAAGCAAUUGGGUGUGGUGAAUUUCGAACCUUUACGUUCUAGGUUUAUUGAGGUUUACCAAGCUUCCAAAUUGCAAUUACCAGGUAUUGAUGAUUUGCCAGCCAUGAGAGACUUUGUGAGAGCAGAGAAUGACGAGGAUGAUCCUUCUAAAUUCAAGCCUUUAAUUCCAGGAUUCGAUACUUUGGAGGAAAGGUUACAAACUGGAUUCAAGCAGUUCAAGGAAAAUGACUUGAAAUCAGCCAUCAGCACAUUCAAAGAUAUUAUCUAUACUAUAACAGUCAUAACCGUGGACGACGAAGACCAAGAGGCCAAGUGUAAGGACAUCUUGAUCUUGUGUCGUGAAUACAUCUUGGGUUUGUCGAUAGAAUUGGAGCGUCGUUCCUUAGAUCCUUCCAAUGUCAAGAGAAACUUGGAAUUGGCAGCUUAUUUCACCAGAACUAAGCUUCAAAAUCCUCAUAAGGUGAAUGCCUUGCAAGUGGCCAUGACUCAAACCUUCAAGAACAAAAACUAUGCUAGUGCCUCCUACUUUGCUGGCGAGCUUUUGAAGAUUGUUUCUACUGGUGCAAGGGCAGAGCAAGCGCAAAAAUUAAAGACCAAGGCAGACUCUGUCUCCAGCGAUGCCGUGGAGAUAGAUUUCGAUCCAUAUGCCGAGUUUGACAUCUGUUCUGCUUCGUACACCCCAAUCUACAAGGGUGCACCCUUUGUCACCGAAGCAUUGGUGGGUGCAAAGUACAAGCCAGAAUACAAGGGCAAGGUUUGUAAGGUUACUGGUAUCACUGCAAUCGGUGUUCCUGCCUCUGGCUUGCGUAUUGUGGGGUAG